CGGCAGCGAGCGGGAGGAUUUUCGCGGUGGUUGCCGGGAUCGCGGUGAUGUGGCCCCACCCCUUCCCCCCUCCCUGCCCCGAGAUGUCGGAGGAAACCCGACGGAGCAAAUUGGCUGCGGCCAAGAAAAAGUUGAGAGAAUAUCAACAGAAGAACAGCCCUGAUGCUCUUGCAGCAGCGAAGAAGAAGAAAAAAAUAAAAAAUGGCAGUACCCCUGAGACAACCACCUCUGGCAGUUGCCACUCUGAGGAUAUUCAGGACAUUCUGAAGGUGCUGGUGUCCGACCUUAACCGUUCCAAUGGGGUAGCGCUUCCCCCAUUGGACAAGUGGAAGGUGCCCAAAGACCACACUGCUCCUGCACCACCACCUGCUGAUGACACUGUGUUACCUGGUGGUGUCACUUCCCCUGGUGCUAGUUUUUCUAGCAUGGAAUCACCUCAGCAGAACUAUGAUGCUGACAAUGGCCCCGAUCUUAUGGAUAAAACCCAGACUUUGUCGUCAACUGAGAGCCUGCGACAACUAUCUCAGCAGCUCAAUGGUCUUGUGUCUGAGUCUUCGUCCUAUGUCAAUGGAGAGGGCCUCAUCUCUUCUACUAACAUGAAAGAUCUGGAGAGCCGGUACCAAGAGCUAGCAGUAGCCCUGGACUCCAGCUAUCUAACAAACAAACAACUCAGUAGCACGAUAGAGGAAUUGAAACAACAACAACAGGAAACUCUGGAUCAGUUGGAAAAGGAGAAGAAAGAAUGUCAGCAGAAGUUGGCGAAGGAACAGGGAGCGCUCAGGGAACAACUGCAGGUUCACAUUCAAACCAUAGGCAUCCUGGUGUCUGAGAAGGCAGAAUUACAGACAGCUCUGGCCCACACACAGCAGGCAGCCAGGCAGAAAGCAGGAGAGUCUGAGGAUCUCGCCAGCCGCCUGCAGGCCUCCCGGCAGCGUGUAGGAGAGCUGGAGCGGACAUUGUCCGCUGUCUCCACGCAGCAGAAGCAGGCGGAAAGGUACAACAAGGAGCUAACCAAAGACCGAGAUUCCCUGAAGCUGGAGCUAUACAAGAACAGCAAAAGCAAUGAGGAGCUGAAGGAGCUGAACUCCGAGCUGGAGGAGAAGCUCCGAAUCCUUGCUGCUGAGAAGGCAACUACACAGCUUGGGAUGGAGGAGCUGCAGAAGAAGCUGGAGAUGUCUGAGCUGCUGUUACAACAAUUCUCCAGCAGGUCUGAAGUCCCUGACAGUAACCAGCAGUUGCAGCAGGCCAUGGAAGAUCGGGCCCAGCUCCAGACACAGGUGGAACAGCUGACUGAGUCUCUGCAACACCUCCGGAGGGAGAGAGACCAGUUUGCAGAGGACCUGAGGGCAGAGAACAUCAUGUGGCACCAGAGGAUGCAGCAGAUGUCAGGGCAGGUGCGCACAUUGAAGGAGGAGAAAGACCAGAGCCUGACUCAGGUCCAGGAGCUGCAGACCACUUUGGCUGAGCUGAGGACACAGCUAGCGGAGCCUCCAGCCCCGGAGCCUCCAGCAGGGCCCUCUGAGGUUGAACAACAGCUGCAGGCAGAAGCUGAGCGGCUACAGAGGGAGCUGGAGAGCCUGUCCGGACAGCUCCAAGCUCAGGUUCGAGACAAUGAGGGCCUGAGCCGCCUGAACCAGGAGCAGGAACAUCGGCUCCAGGAGCUGGAGCGGGCGGCAGAGCUCUGGGGUGAGCAGGCGGAGGAGCGCAAGAAGAUCCUGGAGAGCAUGCAGAGCGACCGUACCACCAUCAGCCGCGCACUCUCCCAGAACCGAGAGCUCAAGGAGCAGCUGGCCGAACUCCAGAACAGCUUCGUGAGGCUGACCAAUGAGAACAUGGAGCUGACCAGCGCGCUGCAGUCGGAGCAGCAUGUCAAAAAAGAGCUGGUCAAGAAGCUGGGCCAGCUGCAGGAGACUCAGGGGGAGCUGAAGGAGACGGUAGAGGUGAAGAGCCAGGAGGCUCAGGGUCUGCAGCAACAGCGGGACCAGUAUGCUGUCCACCUGCAGCAGUACGUGGCCGCCUACCAGCUGCUGGCCUCCGAGAAGGAGGCGCUGCAAAAGCAGCUGCUGCUACAGAACCAGCUCAUGGACCGGCUGCAGCACGAGGAAGUUCAGGGCAAGGUGGCAGCUGACGUGGUCCGCCAGGAGCUGCAGGAGACCCAGGAGCGUCUGGAAGCUGCCAUCCAGCAGAACCAACAACUAGAGGCCCAGCUGAGCCUCAUAGGUCCCUCUGGGGAAGGAGGAGGAUUGGACGAGGAGGCUCCUGGGUCCAAGCUGGGCCUCCCAGAAGAGCUGGAGAGUCCAGAGGCUGUGCCAAAGGAACAUAGGCGCCGCUGCCAGCAGCUGGCUCACCUGGCACCUCCAUCCCAGGAGGAGCCAGAGAGGGAGCCCCUUGCCACCAGGACCAGGGGUGACUGUGUGUCUGAGGAGAGCCACCAGGCCCUACAAGGGGCCAUGGAGAAGCUGCAGAGCCGCUUUCUGCAGCUCAUGCAGGAGAAGGUGGACUUGCAGGAGCGUGUGGAGGAGCUGGAACAUCGCUGCAUCCAGCUCUCUGGAGAGACUGACACCAUCGGAGAGUACAUUGCCCUCUAUCAGAACCAGAGGGCAAUGCUGAAAGAGCGUCACCGUGAGAAGGAGGAGUACAUCAGCCGGCUGGCGCAGGACAAGGAGGAGAUGAAGGUGAAGCUGCUGGAGCUGCAGGGUCUGGUGCUACGGCUUGUGGGCGAGCGCAAUGAGUGGCAGGGAAAGUUCCUGGCCGCUGCCCAGAGUCCUGUGGGCGAGCCCGCUCCAGGGCCACCCACCUCGCAGGAGUUCGGUGCCGCUGACCAGCUGGGUGACCUUCGGGAGGUCAGCCUUGCUGACCCUGUUCAGCCUACACAAGGAGAAGCUGGCAUGGGCUCUCCUGCUGAGAACCCCACUGCGCAACAGAUUAUGCAGCUGCUGCGGGAGAUCCAGAACCCCCAGGAGCGCCCUGGCUUGGGCAGCAACCCCUGCAUCCCCUUCUUCUACCGGGCUGACGAGAAUGACCAGGUGAAGAUCCUGGUCAUCUAGGCCUCACAGCACCAGGCAAGGCCCGCCCCCCCACCCCAUCCCUGUGCUGCCGUCCUUGCCACCUUGUCUCCACUACCCUGCCCCUGCCACUCCUUCCCUGUCACCCUUAUCCAAUCAGUGACAACAUAGAAACCCUAUCUAAUGGGGAGACACAGACCCUUUGCCAUUUUGGCCAGGGCUAUUUUAAUUUCUGGGUUUCAUUCCAGAAAAGAGCCAGAGGCUCAUGAAACUUAGAAGGCUGCCUCUCUGGAGGAGCAUUGGCCACCUCAACACCCAGCAGCCUUUCAUUUAGGGGACUCCCACCCCCUUAUUUGAGGCACUUUGGGGCAGGACAGCUGGGCAGCUUUUCCACUAGGCUGCAGGGCAGGAGGGGCUCAGUAUAGUCCGGGGAGGCCAUGUCAGGGUAGGUGGCCUCGUCUGGUGGGCUCCCAUCCCCUUACUCGAGGCACUUUGGGGCUGGGCAGUAUCCUCAUGGGCUGCAGGGCAGGAGGCGCCCCCUGUAGUCUAGGUGAGGCCAUUUUGAGACAGGUGGUCUCGUCCAGGGGCUCAUAUCCCUUACUGGAGGCACUUUGGGGCUGGGCAGCAUUUUCACUGGGCUGCAGGGCAGGAGGCGCCCCCUGUAGUCCAGGUGAGGUCGUGUUGAGGCAGGGCAGCUGGGCAGCAUCUCCCAGGUCCUGCGACAGUUAACUGUAGGUCAGAUGUGGGCAGCGGUUGGGGCAGGCAGGCCACUCAGGGGCUCCCGUCUUCCUGAGGGGCGCGAUGGGGCAGGACAGCGGGCAGCAUUCUACUAGGCCUUGUGACAAUUGGGGCCUAACUGUAGGGCAGGCGAGUGCACAGGCUGCCGGGGGGUGGGCCUCGGACCCCCUCCCCCGCGGUGUACAUAUUGUAUCUGUAACAUUUUGUAUAUUCCGGGGGUAAGGCUGUCCCCCGUAUCAGAGAGGUUGGAGCUGGCACGUGAGGAGCAGCUAAUAAUUAUUUGGGGCUGGAAACUUAUUUAUUGGUAGCACCAGACAGAGGAAGGAGGCGGGGAUGGGGUCGUGACACCCUGGUGAUGCGGCUCCUGUUUAUUUUGCUUUUUAUUUCGGAGUAAAUGAAUUUAACCAUA